AUGUAUUACAGGGCAAGGAAUAAUAAGACAAGAAUAGAAUUGUAUGUGGAGGAAACGGUACCCUUCCACAACUUAGAUGACUUCCGACGUUUCUUUCGGGUUUCCAGAGCAACAAUUGAAUGUUUAUGUAGAAAUAUUGCCCACUUUCAACAGUUACAACCUGGGUGGACGGGUGGAAGAGAAUUUAUUUCAACAGAUAAACACUUGUUAAUUAGCCUUUGGUAUUUGGCAACCCAAGAUAGCAUUCACAGCAUAUCAGACAGAUUUAAUGUUACAGAGUCCUCUGUUAUUAGAUGUCGAACAAGGAUCACUGACAUUUCUGUUAAUCAUCUAAAACAAGUUUUUAUUUUACUACCUUCUGCUAAUGAACGCCAGGAAAUAAUGGACAAAUUUGAACAAAAACAAAAUUUUCCUGGUGUAUUGUGUGCUUUAGAUGGAACUCAUAUUGCAAUAAAAGCACCUAAAAACCAUCCAGAAACUUAUGUCAACAGAAAGGGGUUUUACUCAAUUAUCUUGCAAGGAAUUUGCAGAGAGGACCUUAGAUUCAUUCACUGCAUAGCAGGUUGGCCUGGAAGCUGCCAUGAUGCCAAGGUUUUUAAGAAUACAGAUAUAUGGGAAAAUGGUUUGGCAGUUUGUGGCAAUGGACAUUUUCUUGGAGAUGGAGCCUAUCCUUUGAGAAGCUGGUUGCUUACUCCUUAUCGUGACACAGGCCAUUUGACACCCCAACAGAGAAAUUACAACUAUCGUCAUUCCGGCACAAGAGUGACAAUUGAGCGGGCGUUAGAA